AUGAUUAUGAUAAUUUUUAAUUUUGAGGUUAGGUCGGUAAAACAGGGAUCUAAAUUGUUCACCGAGAAUUCGGCGGAGGCAGUUUUCAUCGAAAAUGACAGAUGCCGACUCGGGUAAAAAGCCUGUUCUCAACCUUGAGGAAGAAACAUAAUAGCAGAGGUGCUUGAAGAAGCCAUUGAACAAAAGGAAGAGGCUCCAAAGAGGUGUCAAGAGUGGAUUUGGAAGAUUGCGAAGCUCAUUGCGGCGGUUAUAUUCGCGCUACUCCUUCCAUUCGAACUAUACGAGGAUUCGGCGGGCCGGCCAAUCCGCACCUUCGAAAACCUCGAUCAGUCUACAAAUGUUCGGUUCGUCUGGGCAUCACUGCUGCUACGUAAACUCGAGAUCGUGACACGUUCACGCGGCGUCGGAUGUUUAAAGGUGAAUCCGUGCGACGAGAAGCUACCGGAAUCAAGGAUUUCCAGAUAAUCUCAUCACGUGUCGAUAAGCUCAACGUUGACGCUGAGACAUGAAUCGACCAUUCAACAUUCACUAGCUGAAACAGCGAUAACGGAAGAGUAAGAAAACCACCGCGCUUGUCGCACAGUUCCAAAUUGGAAAAGACAAUGAAUUCAAACUACUUUGACUUGCCGCUUAAUCUGGACAGAGCGUGCAGAGUGUGUCUUUCGGAAAGUACAAACUUGUCGCCAUUAUUUUGCACCGAUCCCGAGGCGAGCGAACUUUCUGGGCUUUAUCAGAAAAUAGAAGUUUGCGGCUCGAUAGAAGUCCAAGAAGAAGAUGGGCUGCCUUCGCUGAUCUGCGAUGUCUGUAUCUACAAGGCGACUGUAGCGCACGAAUUUCGACAACAAUGUCAGAACUCGGAUGCUCGAUUGAGAUUGUAUUACAAUAAACCGGCAAAGUCCAACGUUACGGAUUCGAGCACACAAACUGAACCGCAAACGCGAAUUAUUCUUACAACCAAGACUACAAAUUCUCCAGGGAACUACUCCGUGAAACAAGAAAUGCAGACGGCAGGUUCACAGGACUUUACAACGUCAGGAGAGCCUUUUCAAUCGGCUGAGUCGUGCGGAGCUGAAAACAAAAUGAGGGAAGGAAUAGUGGAGGAGAAUAAAAUUUUUAAUAUAUGCAAUAUUGGAUUCGACGUAAACAAGGGUGACGAAAGAACCGAGACGUUAGAAGAUGACACUCGUCACUCUCCAUUUCCGCAAACAGAUUUAGAGGAGUCUGGCGAUGUGGGAACCGGGCCGUCGCUAGAGAGAAUAGAGGAGCAAAAAGAGGCAUCAGAAUUGCCUGACGUAAAACCAGACGAAGCUAAAAGUACAGAAAUGUCGGAAGAGGAUUAUCUUGUUGAAAGUUUGUUAAAUGAUAACGCAGAAGGAGAAGAUGUACCGCUCAUACAACGGGCGCAAAAUAUAAAGGCGAAAUCGUUGCCUACCAAGAGUUACACCGACGACAAUUGUAACGACGAUUAUGAAGACGAGGCAAAUAGCGACAGCCAAGAUUCUGAUUCAAUGAAAUUUAAAUGCAAAGUGUGCGAGAAAAGAUACGCGACGCAGAAAGGCCUGAAAAAACAUUCCCUCGUUCACGAAAAGCAACACAAAUGUGACAUAUGCUUGAAAUUGUUUUACAAGCUAGAAAAUAUGGAAAAACAUAAAAAGAUACACGUCUCCAAACCGCACGCGUGUCAACUGUGUCACGCCUCUUUUUCAAAGUCACAGAGUUUGGUACGCCAUCUGAAGUCUCACACGGAGAAAGUAAACGACAUUAUAAAACAAAUCAAGAUCGACGAUCCGAUCGAAGAAAAACACCCGAUAAACGAGCUUGAAAACGAGGACGAUACAGACGACGCGAGCGAAACUAACGACGAACCUGACGAAUUUGAAAAUGCUCCAGAGUUGUAUAAAUGUCAAUCUUGCAGCCAGUACUGUUCGACGUUGAAAAAUUUAAAGAGACACAGUCUUGUUCACGGAGAGAAAAAAUAUUCUUGUACCGUUUGUAAAAAAUGGUUUUUCCGACCUGACUCACUGAAAAAACAUGCGGAAAAACAUGGUCACGGACUGUUGGAUAAUCUAAUGUACGAUAACAAAUUGUUUGAUUCGGAUGACGAACCGAUUCCUAAAAGAAAAAGGAAACCAACUACGGAUAGUGGGGAGAGCACGAGAAAAGAGGGCAGCGAGGAAGAUGGCGGAGGCGAAUACAAGUGUCAGCAUUGCGAUAAAAUCAUGGCGACAAAAAAAGGACUCAGACGUCACGUGUCGAUGCACAAGCCAAAAGCCGAGCCGGCGACGUGCGAGAUUUGCGAAAAAGUUUGCGCCAGCCAAGCCAGGCUGGCUCUUCAUCAGAAGACGCAUAAUAAACCCAAGGAAAAAGUACCGCGAGAAUAUCUCUGCCAUAUUUGCAGCAAAGUAUACCCGAGCAAUUCGUCGUUAACUUAUCACGUGAGAACGCACACAGGGGUAAAGCCACACGUUUGCAAGAUAUGCAACAGCGGUUUCACAACAACGACCAGCCUAGCAAAUCAUCUUCGCAUCCACACGGGGGACAAACCAUUUGUUUGUCAUGUUUGUAGUGCCGCGUUUGCUGUCAGCUCGGCCUUCAGAAGACAUUUGACUCGCCACACGGGUGAGGCAAAUUAUUUGUGCAAAACGUGUGGGAAAGCGUUCAAGAGACUUAGCACACUGAAGGAGCACACUUAUACUCAUUCCGGUGAAAAACCUUACAUAUGUAAAACGUGCGGGGCAGCCUACAGUCACAGCGGGAGUUUAUUCGCCCAUCAAAAACGCUGUCGGGCUCAAUAUGGAGAGAUCGGGGUCCUCGAAGACCAUCAUCACACCGUCGCGCACCAUAUUCACGUUAAUAAUGUUCAAUCUGCUGUUCGAUCGCUUGCUGUUAUUGGCCAGAUGUUUUGAAAAGUCUUACUGCAACUUACAGAGAUUAACUCGUCGAUUGUUUUUUCCCUUUUUUUUUUUCUCUCUUUCGACAUUAGUGUCUCAAAAUCGUUGAAUAUUAUGGAAUGGUCAUGAAAUCUGAGUAACCUGAAUAUCUUAAACAAUUUCUAUUGAGUACAUUUUUAUUUUUGUCUAUUUUAUUAUUUCUGGGUUUUUUUUUUAGUAACAACGAACUCAUUUCGAGUAAGAGAAGGCGCGAUAAGUUUUUUAGUCCUGAAGAACAUCAGAUCUCUCGGUUUUUGUGGCCAACCGAAUACCAGCACUUGUGAUAAAUUGUCAUAUCCACGCUUAUUGGAAUAACUUCUUACCGAAACUGGUAAGAAAAUUUUUAUUGUCAACCGUACAUUAUGUAUGCGUUCUCAUUUUAGUUAACAGGAAAGGGUUAAUUACACAACAUUUUAUAAAUAUUUGGUGACAAAUAAGGUACUGGAUACCGAAUUGCAUGCAACAACGUCUCAGCCACAACUCGAAUUACUUUUGAUUAUAGAAUUCUGAAUCUUUUUAUAACGUUUGAAAAAAAGCGAAAACCCACUUGGCAAAUAAUUGUGAAUGCGGUAUCAUUCUAAUCACGGAUAAAAUUCUGGUCGAAUAGAUACAGGUUCGAAGAUACAAAUAUUUUUUAUGUUAAUCAUACGUUUUUCAAAGAAAUCAACAUUUUUCACUGAAAUAAGCACAAACUAAGAAGUUAAGCAAUCUUAAAAUCUAUUGACGAGUGGGUCAGCCCCUUGGUACAAAGAAAUUAUUACCUCCUAUUCGCAAAUCUCCAGGAAGAUCUAGCUUCUACCGUUUAAUAAUGAAUAAUAAGCUUGAACGGUGUUGGUGGCUUGAUACUUCGAAUUUUAACCCUUUCCUUUCAGAGCAAUUCACAAUUGGGUAGCAAAGCAAGUGCGUGAUUUUUUCUUACGGCGAUUCCGCAAAAAGAAAAAAGCAAAAGAAAUAGAAAAUAUUUGAAAGUAUAUUUAUUGAAGAAGAAAUAAAAGUAAGUAUUAAAGCGAUCUAUAUUUCUGCAAUAUAGCAUCAUUUUUUGUAAUAAUAAUUAAGAACGCCACUGAAUAUCGCAACCCAAGUGUGAAUCUUUUGAGAUAUCAUGUUAUAGUUGUUAAGUAAGAAAUGGUAAUGAAGCGAACUUACGAAUGUCUUGAUAAGUUGUUAGAAUAAUGAUGAUAAUAAUAAUAUUCGUAAUAUAAAAUUGCAUAAUAUUUCUCUACCAAUUAUUAUGUAAAAUAUAAACAUACAUAUAUCACUAAGCAUUACACCCAAGACAGAAUUGUAAAUAAAUAUCUUUAUAUUUCAUUUACCGCUAAGAGACUAUUAGGAAAGUCUUUCCGAAAGCAUUACACAAUAUCAUCUAGUUUAGGUAAGCAGCUGUAUAUUAAUUAUCAUUAAUCUAUAGUAGGCUGUGUACGUUUUCAUUUGAUCAGCGAUCAAUAUGUAUCAGGGUUAUAUAUGUGUGGUGGUCAUUGAAUGCAUGUCGAGAACGAAUGUAUUGGGUGAAUUUGUAACGCUCUUUAAAGUUGCUACGAAUAUGAAAAUUAUAUGAAAAAAAAAUAUCACUCAGCAACCGUAUUAUGUAAUGUACAAUAAUUCCGUGUUGUUAUUGUAUGCGAUUUUUAUAAAC